UGCUGACGUAAAUAACUUUCAAUCAUAAAUUUGCAACCCUCACUUUAGUAUAUCUCAUUGGUAACUCUGGAUCUAAAAUGAGUGACUGCCCUCAAGAUGGGGGACAUCUGAGCAAUGUGGUUGUCAAAGUCUGAGCUGGGAUUAGUCCUUUGUGCACUCAGUCCUUGCUGGUUCUCACACACUUGAGCUUCCGCUUGCAGCCAACGGUUGGAUGCUUAGCAGAGAUGGUUCAGCAGCAGGCAGUUUGUGCUGGUUUUAGCACCACCUGUGUGUUGGGCUAGAGCUUCCCUCUACAACUGUGAGAUGAUGCUGGGGUCGUGUCUCCCCAAGAAAAAUCAAGCAGCUAGGGCUAUGGGUUUUCAGGACCCCAGAGGCCAACUCUGGGAUGUAACUAUGAAGGAGGGAAUUGUAGGAAAAAACCUAACAGGCUUUCACUCCAAUUACUGGUUUGAGCACAUGAGUGCUGAAACAAUUUGCAUAAUGGGGUUGCUCAGAGACAUUGAACAAACUUCAAGCGCGGGGGUGUCAGCACCCCUAGUUCCACACGCUCUCUUUGAGUGGUUUCCAGGCUAUGUGGGCACAAGGCUGGGGGUGGAAAGAGAGGGCUUCGUGGGAGGCAGCUGAUAUUCGCCCUAGGGAGGGCGAAGGCCGGCUCCAGCACCUGAAGCUAAUCAGUGCACAGCUGCGGGGAGAAAGCCAGCCGGGCUGUGUGUCAGGCUGGCCCGGAGUCAGCCCCGGACUAACUUUCAUCAUCUCAGCGCAGUCAGAGCGGAGCCGGAUUUCACUCGCCCACUGGAGCCGCGGAGGUGUCCCCCGGCCCGGCUUUAACAAGGGUAGGACUAGUCCCCAUGGGCGCUCGGGGCAGCACCAGCCCUAUGGCCGCGGGCCAGCGCGAACCCGUCACGGCCCUUCCAGCCAGGGCAGAAGGUGGCUCCCGCCGUGCGUCACCGCACAGAGCCCUGGCCUUGGCAGCAGCCACCCCUGCCCUCCAUUCUCGGGCAGCAGCAGCAGCAAGCGCUUCUCUCCGCCUGACGGCUGCGGCGUGGCCCUGCCCGCUGGCCGGGCCUGCUCCGCUCGCCUCCCCCCGCCCCGCUAGGUGUCUGGGCGAACGCGCGGCGCGGCCAGCCGGAGCACAGCGACUCCAAGUCCUUGCGGCGCUCGCUCCUCCUGCCGCCGCCGCCGCGGGGAAGGCGGGGGUGGGCUCCAGCGCUUCAGACUGCUGCUGUCAGAGCCGAGAGACACGCUCCGCCUGGGGAGAAGGGAGGGAGUUAUACUCCUCCCCCCACCGCCACCCUGGCCUGCCUCCUUCCCUCCUUCCUCCCUCCCUCCCUCUCCUCCAGCAGCUCCACAAACCAGGAACCAGAGCCAGCUGCAGCCUCCCGUGCGUGAGAAAAACACGGGGAAGCCAAACGGGGAGUGCGGAGCAGCGCCAGGAGAAGGAAGGUGAAGGAGGACGGACGCAGGAGGGGAAGCACAGAGGGAUUGUCAACAUAAAAGGGAGGAAAAAGUUUACCCCCGUGUUACUCUCGCCUCCCUCUUCCUGGGUGGCGUCGCUGGGAGUUUUACCUGGAAUGACAAGUUUUUUCAGGGUGGCUCUUUCUCCGAUUCCCCCCUCCAACAGCGGAUGAGGGUGUGACACAAGGGGCGAACCCGCCCCGCCACCUAACCCUCUAUGGUGGGAGCUGUCACCAAGAGCAGAGAAGAGCUGAUCCGGGUGGACUUCACUGUUUCCAGCUCCGCUGUUACAGUACUGCAGCCCCCCGUGGGGCUGGAGUCAGAGAGGAACUGCUGCCGCUGGGGUUUGUGUGUGAGAGUGUUACAGCCCCCUUCUUCCAGGAUAUAACUAAAACCACCUCGAGCAUUUUCAGUCGCAUCUUCAUCAUUCGUUUCCUCCUAAUUCUUGCUAUUGCUGCUUGUUGGAUGGCUUGUUGGCAGUAGCUGGGGGUCUUGCCUCCUCCAGCCGCCCCACCAUGUCCUAGAAAAGUUAUGGAGACAAAAGGAUACUACAGUUACCCAGAAGGCUUAAACAUGGAGAAACGGUGGGGUCAAGUUUCUCAGUCUGUGGAGUAUUCUUCAGGUGCUGGAGAGCGGACUGAUGAGAGUAAUUAUAUGGAGAUUGUAAAUGUAAGCUGUAUAUCUGGUGCUUUUCCAAACAGCAGUGCUCAAGGAAACAGCAAAGAAAAACCUGAACUACUCCCUAGCCUGCAGCAAGAUAAUAAUCAGCCUGGUAUUUUAAACUCUGACAUAAAGAGUGAGUCAGACUCAAAGGAACUUUCAGCAACAGUUGCUGAAUCUAUGGGUUUAUACAUGGAUUCCAUACGAGAUGCUGAUUAUACCUACGAUCAGCAAAAUCAACAAGGGAGCAUAAGUCCUGGGAAGACUUAUCAAAAUGUUGAGCAGCUGGUAAAGUUCUAUAAGGAAAAUGGCCACUGUGCCUCUCCCUUAAACAGUGCAAAUAGGCCCUUGAGAUCUUUGAUAUCGGACUCUGGAAGUUCUAUGAAUGGUGGUCUCAUGCGCACUAUUGUCAAAAGCCCUAUAACGUGUCCUGAGAAAACUCCUUCUGGCAGUAGUCCUCAGAACAUGACUCCUUCAGUUUGUAGCCCAGCUGGCAUUAACUGUGUAUCCUCAACUACUUCUACUAAUUUUGUAAAUUUUCCAGUGCACAGCCCAGUCAGCCAGGGAACUCCUUUGUCAUGCUCACCUAACAUUGAAAACCGGAGCUCUAGAUUGCACAGUCCCGCACACGUUAGUAAUGUGGGAUCUCCUCUUUCUAGUCCUAUAAGUAGCAUGAAAUCACCAAUUUCAAGCCCUCCUAGUCACUGCAGUGUGAAAUCUCCAGUCUCAAGUCCUAAUAAUAUCACUAUGAGAUCCUCUGUUUCCAGUCCUGCAAAUAUGAACUCAAGGUGCUCUAUUGCCAGCCCUUCCAAUACAAAUAAUAGGUCCAGUCUUUCUAGUCCAGCUGUUAGCACUGUGGGAUCUUCUAUCUGUAGCCCAGUAAACAAUGCCCUAGGCUUCCCUGCUUCUGGAGCACCUGCUGGACCUAGCACAGGCCAAGAUACUAUUCCUAGUCCAGAAACAAAAGACAAAGGUGCUCAAGAAAUCACAUUUCCUAAAAUAGAGGAAAUGGAGAAUGCCAUCUCGAACAAUUGUGUAGCUGGUCAGAUGAAUCUUGUUCAGUUUAUAAAGCCUGACCCAGAUGGAGCAUUUGGUAGCUCAUGUAUUGGAGAAAAUAGUAAAAUCAACUCUGAUUCCCCAUUUUCAGUACCAGUAAAACAGGAAUCAGCUAAACAUUCUUGUUCUGGUGCCUCUUUUAAAGGGAAUCAAGCAGUAAAUCCAUUUCCAUUUAUGGAUGGUUCAUAUUUUUCUUUUAUGGACGACAAAGACUAUUAUUCUCUUUCUGGGAUUUUAGGACCACCUGUUUCAUCAUUUGAUGGCAAUUGUGAAGGUAGUGGGUUUCCAAAUCCAGGCCUACCUGUGGGUAUUAAACAGGAGCCUGAUGAUGGCAACUAUUAUCAAGAGAACAGUAUGCCAUCGUCUGCCAUUGUUGGUGUGAAUUCAGGUGGACAAUCAUUUCACUACAGGAUUGGAGCUCAAGGCACAAUAUCUUUAUCACGACCUGUUGCUAGAGAGCAGACUUUUCAGCAUGUGAGCUCAUUUCCUCCAGUCAGUACACUAGUUGAGACAUGGAAAUCACAUACUGACUUAGCGUCCAGAAGACAUGAUGGGUAUCCAGUUUUAGAAUACAUUCCAGAAAAUGUGUCAAGCUCCUCACUUAGAAGUGUAUCAACUGGAUCCUCAAGACCUUCCAAAGUAUGUCUCGUAUGUGGGGAUGAGGCAUCUGGAUGUCAUUAUGGGGUGGUUACCUGUGGCAGUUGCAAAGUUUUCUUCAAAAGAGCAGUGGAAGGUAAAUGUUCAUGGCAGCACAAUUACCUAUGUGCAGGAAGAAAUGACUGUAUUAUUGAUAAGAUUCGAAGGAAGAACUGCCCGGCUUGCCGAUUACAGAAGUGUCUACAAGCUGGAAUGAAUUUAGGAGCCCGAAAGUCCAAAAAGUUGGGAAAAUUGAAAGGGAUGCAUGAAGAACAGCAACAACAACAGCAGCAGCAACAGCCACCACCCCAAAGCCCAGAGGAAGGGACUACAUAUAUUGCUCCAGUAAAAGAGCCAUCUGUAAACACAGCACUUGUUCCUCACCUGUCUGCUAUUUCACCAGCACUUGCUCCUUCACCCUCUAUGGUCCUUGAAAGCAUUGAGCCUGAAAUAGUGUAUGCAGGAUAUGAUAAUUCAAAACCAGAUACAGCGGAGCACCUGCUUUCCACUUUAAACCGCCUUGCUGGCAAGCAGAUGGUUCAGGUGGUAAAGUGGGCAAAGAUACUUCCAGGAUUUAGAAACUUGCCUCUCGAGGACCAAAUUACUCUAAUCCAGUACUCAUGGAUGUGUCUAUCAUCAUUUGCCUUGAGCUGGAGAUCAUACAAACAUACAAACAGCCAAUUCCUCUAUUUUGCUCCAGAUCUGGUCUUCAAUGAGGAGAGGAUGCGCCAGUCUGCAAUGUUUGAACUUUGCCAGGGGAUGCACCAGAUCAGCCUGCAGUUUGUUCGCUUGCAGAUUAGCUUUGAAGAAUAUACCAUAAUGAAAGUUUUGCUGCUGUUAAGCACAGUUCCCAAGGAUGGCCUCAAAAGCCAAGCUGCAUUUGAAGAAAUGAGGGCAAAUUACAUCAAAGAACUAAGGAAGAUGGUAACUAAAUGUCCAAGUAACUCUGGACAAAGCUGGCAACGAUUCUACCAAUUGACUAAGCUUCUGGACUCCAUGCACGAUCUUGUUAGUGACUUGUUAGAAUUCUGUUUCUACACCUUCCGAGAGUCUCAGGCACUGAAAGUGGAGUUUCCAGCCAUGCUGGUGGAAAUCAUCAGUGACCAGUUACCAAAGGUGGAGUCUGGAAAUGCCAAGCCCCUGUACUUUCACAGGAAGUGAUGGAAAAUGUCUUAAUAGAAGAACUUUGCCUUAAGUUUCCUUGUGUUAUUCCACACCCAUGAAGGACCCAAGAAACCACAUUUUAAACGUGCUAUUUACACUUGUUCAGCAGCCUCUGACUAGUCUAAAAUCAUGUGAAGGGUUUGGAAAACAUUUGAUCCGGAUUUGGCAAGACCUAGAUGUGUGAAAAUUACCCCCUUACUCCCAACACUUAGAAAAUGUUCCUGUUCCUCUGGAUGAAAAGCCAUAUCUAGUCAAUAACUCUUUGAUUUUGAUAUUUUAACAGAUGGAAGUUUUAAAUAUGCCAUGUAGUUUCUGGUAUUGUUUGCUUGUUUUAAAAGGGUUCAAGGACUAAUACAAACUUUUUAAAGCUUACCCCCUGGUUUGCACAUAAAACGUAAAGUCAAUAUGGGGCAUUAAUAUUCCUUUCUUGUAAAAAAAUAUAUACAAAAAAACCCUGAAGUGUAAAGUAAUAACAGAACAUUUGGUGUGGAAUACUCGUUAUCCCCACCUGUGGCAUUUGUUAUCCUAUGUUAUCCAUCAUAGGUGAUAUACACUGUGUUAAGUGUCCAUUUACUAUUUAAUUAAAAAGGAUAAGAUGUUAAAACAAAUGCCUCAGUUUCAGUUUAUAGUAUCUAUUGUGCUGGCUUUACAAAUAAUUUUUCGCAGUCUUUUGCUGUACUGUACAUUGCUGUAUGUAUAAAUUGUGAAGGACCUGAAAUAAGGUGUAAGGAGCUUUUGUAAAUGAGAGAAAUCUUUAAUGGUUAAUAGGAUGAAUGGGAAAGUAUUUUUGAAAGAAUUCUAUUUUGCUGGAGACUAUUUAAGUACUAUCUUUGUCUAAACAAACAAGGUAAUUUUUUUUUGUAAAGUGAAAUGUUCUGCAUGCAUAAUGAACCGUUUACAGUGUAUUUAAGAAAGGGAAAGCUGUGCCUUUUUUAGCAUCAUAUCUAAUUUACCAUUUUACACUAUCUGUUGUAAAUAACCACACAACCUUUUUCAGUUGUAUUUAAGCCUAUUUUUCGGUACAUUUUUCUCCAUUUUUGUCUACUGCUUGCAAGUAUAUGUGACUUCAGCUCAUUUUAGGAUUACUGCUUCAUAUUUCUGUAGGAAACUACACUAUGUGGUGUUUGCAGCUUUAUGGUGGUUUCAUUUAACAAGACAUUACCAUCUCUCAAAAGCUUUUGCCAGCUUUAUGAUGUGGUGAGUUUCUGCCCUCUACUCCAGAUUACUCAAGGAGAUAAAAGCAAAUCAUAGGAUAUUAAAUCAUUUUUUUUUCCUUUUUCAAAAUUAAAGUUUCCCAAAUUCUUUGUUAUUCCUUUUACUAUUGAAUGCAUGUAACCUUUUAAAGGUCCAGUUGUCACCUCUGAUUUAGGAGAGUGAAUUUCGAUUAUGGUUAAGGGAACAUACAGAUUAUUACCGUAAGUAUACUAGAUAUAUUUUGAUUGGCAAGGAUGAAUGGUACGGUGCUGAUCCUGGCAGAUUAUCUUGGUGGGGUUGUUAGUUAUAAAUUCAAAACAUUAAUGUAAAAAUGUAAGCAGACCUACAUCUAAACAGAUACUUUCACUGUGAACAUUUCUAUCUUAGUUUUCAAAACCAUGUCCUCUGGUGUAAAGCUAUGAAGAUGCACCUUUCAUCGGGUGACUUUCACAAUUUGUAAAUAAAUACAAAAUUCUGGAGUAGAAUAAAGACCAGAUUAACUUUUCUGAACAUCAUUGUUAUUAUUAUAUACUAAUUUGAAUAGAAUAAUUUUUCAGAGAGUCAUGAUUCCUAAAUUGUCUGUCUGGGCGAGUGACAUUUUUGAGCUAAAGCUGUCCCUAGACCAGUCAGAAUGUAGCAUUCUUAUAAAUGGUAAUCUAAUAAACUCAACCCCUACCACCCCGCUUUCUGAUUCAAAACUCUGAGGUGUGCUUCUGGCACAUGCAAGACAGAGUCAACACUGCUUGUCUUUUUAAAUGACACCUGCCUUAUGCAAUGGAUAAUCUGUAGAGGCUGUAUUCAGAGAGGGGGAUCUUACGGUAUAUAUAAAUGUAUACAUACAUAUAUUAUUUGCAAUUUUGGAAGUCUAAUUCAUAGGUAGAUCCUUAAAUACAAUCAACUGACCUGCACAGCAAUAUGAAAGCUACAUGUCCAACAUGAUAAAUACACAGCAUGCAGACUGGUUGUUUACAGUAAAGAAAUGGUCAGAAAUCCUUUCAUUUACUUUUUUUUUUCUUUAAGUACUGAUAAUGGAAUUUCAGAAAUAGCCAGGUUUGGGGUGAAUACAGUCUGCAGCAACUUUUUAUAUUAACGAAGUUACUAGCUCCUUUUCUAUCUCUAAGUAACUUUGCUUGGUUAAAACAGCAAAGCCAUAUUCUAAACUUCACCGUUAAAUGCCUGUCCCAGUACAAAUUGUUGUCUGUUUGCUCUUAUUUUUGUACCUUAUUGCUUUUAAUCUUGGUUUGGUACAAUUCAUAAUUCACAGAAACUUCAUAUAAUUAAAAACACACUAAAUUCGUUUUAAAAAGCAAUUUAUAUCUUUAUGCAAAAACGUAUGUCUGUCUUUGCAAACAACUGUAAGAUUACAAUAAAUCCUUUACUUUAAUCACCUGUUGUUUGUGAAACCAUUCAUUGAUUUUUUUUUUUGCUAGAAAUCAUUCAAUAGAUAUAAUUGGAUACAGAUGUUUUAAGAGACAGUAUUCUCUUCUCCAGAACACUUAAGCAGAAUAGCCAUCUCACAUUAACUAACCAAAUCUACAGCAAAAAAUAUAAAAUACUGUUUUAAGCUACAACAAAGAAAUGAAAGUAUUUUGAACUUGUUUAGAAUGAAAUAGGCAUUUGUCUCCUGCAAAAUAUAAGAUAAACUCAAUGAAAUUUCAAAAUGUCUGUUUUAAAAGUGGGCUUAUGCUGAUUGCAUUAAAUAAUUUUGUUGCAAGGAAAGAAUGGGGAUAUACAACAAGAACAUUGUAUACACAUUUAAAAAUGUAAAAUAGUUUUAAUGUACUGCAGCAGGUAUUUCAGGAAUACUAGAUCAUAAUAAAAUAGAAAGGCUAAAGUUUGCAAUAUCAAAUUCUUAUUAAAAAGAUACUUUACAAUCAAGCUAAUUCACAGGGUGGUGUUUUCACUGACUUGUAUAAACAUUUAUGAAUUUAAAACAAUCUACAACUAAUGCACUUUUAAUUGUUAAAGAUUUGACUUUCUUUUUGUAGAGCAAUGUUCUCAGCUGGAGGUCAAUGACUCGAUAAAAUAGACAGCAGUUCUGAGGUCAGUGGAAUGUUUAAGAAUUCUUGGAGUUUAAAUAGAUUUUUGGAUGAAAAAUAAAAGCAGUCAGCACUAUGGUGUAAACAGUAAAAUCUAUGCAUAAUGAUGCAUUUAUAAUUAGGGAUUUGCUUCUGUAUGGUUAAAGCUUUUUAAAUAAAUAGAAAAUAUUGUUUGGUCUUUG